CUAAAACCGUUAUUUUUCUGAGAACAUCACUAGAAAAAAAUUGCAGUUGAAAAAAAUAAUUUGUUUUUUUUGAGGCUGGCAGCCCGCGAGUAAUAAUUGACGAAUCGCAGCGUUCUUCUUUGCGCUCAACACAACACUCAACAGCCAAACAAACCGAUCUCGACCGAUGUGCUUGUCUGUCGCUUUUUCGGAGUGUACGCGUCUUGUUCAUUUUCAAUCGGAUGUUUGUGUAUGAAAUUGAGUGAUAAUACAUGAUUUCCUGAAUGAAGGUGCAUAUUUACGGCCUAACUUAUUAAUAAAACGAAGAACAGAUAAUAUUUAACGUGAAUUUAAGUCAUAAAACGACGUUUUCCCCCGUGUCUAAAUUACGAAGUGGGCAUUCAUGUUUAUAAAUAUUGAUUUGUUUCAUAUCGUGUUUUCUAACGAUUCCGUUGUGUCUCGAAACGUGAAGUGAAAUGUAGGUGAUAGAUUAAAGCGUAACAGUCUGUUGAAAACGAAAAUGCAACAGUUAGUAUUCACGUACUUGGACGCGAUCGAUGGAGUGAUGUGUUCUAUUUGAUUGUGUUUUUUUUUGUGUUAAGUGUGUGUUUUUAUGACAAUGGAGGGGACUACAGAGAAGGAUUGUUCACCGUUAUGGAAUCUGUACCAGCAGAUCGUGUCGGAUAUGAAGAACAGCGCACCGAUGUGGGAGGAGUUCAUAUCAAAAGCUACGAAGCUCCACUCAGCAUUAAAGUCGGCUCUGGUAGCGAUUGCGGCGUUCCUGGAUGCCUUCCAGAAAAUUGCAGACGCCGCCACCAAUGCCAGGGGCGCUACGAAGGAGAUUGGCACGGCGUUGACGCGCGUCUGCCUGCGUCACAGAGCCAUCGAGACCAGGAUGAAGACGUUUAUAAGUGCCCUAAUGGACACCCUGAUAACCCCUCUAUCCGAGCGCGCUGACGAAUGGCGCCGCGGGUCCUGCGCGACCGGCGCCCUGAGCCGCGAGCACGCUCGGGAGUGCAAGCGAGCGAGAGCCGAGCUCAGGCGGCGAGUGACCGAGGCACAGCGACACGCCAGGAAGGCGAGGCGAGCGCCGCCUGACGCCAAGAGGAGAGCUGAUGUGUGCAUGCAGGACAUACAAGAACGCAAACAACAGCUAGAAGAGAUGGAAGAGAAAGCGGUGAAGGCAGCACUGAUCGAGGAACGAAGCCGCUUCUGCCACUUCGUGUCUCUGCUGAAUCCAGUUGUGGAAUCUGAAGUGGCAAUGCUAGCGGAAGUGGGUCAUUUGCAAGAAGGUACCGAACAGCUGAUCAGACACACGGCUGAGCCGAGGACUUUGCCCGCAGCCAGUCUACAGGUGAUCUGCGACAUCAAGUCGUGCUACAGCGGCUGGGCGGAGAGCGUGUCGGCGCCGCACUCGCCGUCCGCGUCGUCGCGCCUCGGCAGCCGCAAGUCCUCGCUCACCUCCAUCUCCUCACUCAACAGCCAGUGCUCGGACAACCAGCAUGGAGUGUCGGGGUCGACGGUGAGCUGCUCGACGCCGAUCUCGAACGCGUCGUCCGCCGGCACCAUCCCCGCGCCCUCCAGCGACUCGCAGCACUGUCUCACACAGUGCGGGCCGCGGCUGUCCAGCGUCUGCAGCGCGGACUCUGGCUUCCGCUCACAAGACGCGCUCCUACGACGCUCGCUCUACGCUGACCAUGGUUCAGAUAAUCAGAGCGUUAGCAGCGAAUGUAUAAAUCAGACGAAGAGUAAUAUCGAAGAUGAUAACUCCGACGACGUGCGUGACGUCAUCAGUAAUGCAGCAUCAGCCACGUGGCCAGAUCUAAAGGACACCGCUCAGUUCGAGCGCGCAGCCUCCGCUAUCAUGGGAGGACGACCACAUACUAUAUCAGCUGCGUACUCGUCGGGCCACCCGCGCGCGGCGCUGUCCGCGCACACGUUCUCCGGGGACGAGGCGCGCGACGGCGGGAUCUACGCGCGCCCGCCGCUGCCCACCAGAUGCUCGUCCCUGGAGCGGCCCCAAGUACCGACCAAGUCUGGCAACGCGAACACUUGUCAACAGGAGUUCAAGCCGACUAAACCGUCGUCGUUGCCUCCGCAUCUCACUAAAGAAAUGCCGCAAGCUUUAUACGUGAACAUGUCGGAGCUGGCCACGCUGGCCGCCUCCCGCGCGCAACAACAACACAACGCUGAGCAUCCGCAGCAAGAGAAGGUUUGUUCAGAGAGCAGUGCCAGCGAGUCUUCUCUAGAGUCUUCGAGCGGCUACGGCAGUCAAGGCGCCUUCGCUGCUGAGGAGCAUGCCCAUCAGCACCAGGUCCAGCAUGCAGACGUUGAGUCCGAGAUCGUGACUCUGCGCCGGGACAGCGACGCGUCCGUAGCGGCCGCCCGCGAAAGCUUUUCCAUCUCCCUCGGGAGCCUCGAGGAGGCCGUCAGGUGUCUGGACGAAGCCAGCGAGACGCCGGUGUUCGCUACCAUCGGGAAGAAACCGGCCGUACCGAAACGGAGGCCGCUGUCCAUGACCGCGACGGUGUGGUCUCGUCGUGGUUCGUCCAGCUCGCUCGGCAAGCCGCCGCCGCCAGUGCGACGGUCUUCAUCCAUAUCUAGACCGCAGCGACCUCCUUAUAUGCAAAACACAGCCAGCCCAGGCCUCGGCGACUCGGAGUUGCCCCCUCCGCCCGCCUUCUUGCUUCAGCCUGACGCCGACGCCGGUGAUUAUGACUCACACAUAAACGUAGCAGAAACAGUCAAACAACUGACCGAGUUGAAACACAUGCCGGCUUCACCCGGCAUCGUCCGCCGGAGUCUUCAACAGUUGCAGAACCAGAACAACGCCAACCCCCCCUCUCCGACACAACCCUCGCUCUCAACCUUCCAACAAGCGAAGAGCAACUUCUCCUCAAGCACCAGUCUGAAUAGCACCGGGAACCUGAACCCGAUUUAUGGGCAGACGGGUCAUCGGAUUAUGGCCUACGUCGAGAAUUCCAUGUAUGUGAGGAAGAAUAGUUUGAAUAGCUCCAAUUCGGAUCUGCUUAGGGAUAGUAAUUCGGGUAUAUACGGUGAAGGCCGCGGCUCCCCCCACGGGUCGUCUCCCUCCACCCCGAGCUACGGCGAGAACAACUCCUUCUCCAGCUUCGGGCCCAGGAUGUCCAGCGAGUCGCAUUACGGACAGACUGGCUUCAAAAUGCAACAAGAGCGUCAGGACAAGAAGUACCAGAACACGAUAUACGCUCAGCCGUCGGACAUAAUCGCGGGCUUCAACAGCAUGUCGCGACACGACGCGCUCAGCCCGCUCGCGCUGCGCAAGAACAUCGCCGCCAGGUCGCACAGCGCUGACAGACAUCAUCUCGAACAAGGCGGGCUGAUCGCGAGCCUGAGCGCUAAGCUGGCGCCGCAGCUGUCGCCGCGCACCUCACGCCGCGCCAUCUCCACUAUCACUGCUGCUGACCCCCCGGCCAAGGGGAAAGGCACAAUCCCUAGCGCGGUCCAGCCCGCCUUCCUGGACAAGCUGUCGGCCACCAUCCAGCAGCAGCGGCGGCAGCUCGACUCCUCGCGCGCCAAGUGCGUGCGGGACAUGAUCAGUGCACAUGCACAGCCCGACCCCCGAGCAUGUCACACGUCCCUCAUGGAACAGAUAAAGCGCGGCGCAACACUCCGCCGCAACAAGCACUGCAACGACAGGUCCGCGCCUAAAAUACGAUAAGUAUCGUCCACGCUGUCACGACACUACACACGAUGUAGCCUUAAUGAUCACUUGAUACUCGAUACUCGAUGGCUAUGGGAUGUCGGCAAUGAUAUGUUAAAUGUGUAAUGAUGAAUUGAUACUAAAGUUAGGUAUCUACUAGCUUUUCGCCCGCGGCUCCGCCCGCGCCGAUGUCGGUUAUAUCG